AGCUCAAUUUGCGCAAACUACGUACAUUUCACCUCUUCUGUUCCAUUUAAAAUGCCUCGGAAACCCAAAUUCAUUCCAGGGCCUUCUCGACUGUCCGUCAUACUAAAUGACCUCAAUAAGGAGCCAAGGCUGUCCUUGACUGGUCUGCGGGGGAUAAGCUUGAAGCUGGCUACUAGAAACGAUCAUUUCGGAGCACGGCAUUUUGUGAAGGAAGAGCUUAGACGUAUACGGUAUGCCAACCCACAACUCAACGUGGAGGUGAAGAAGCUUCCAAAAACUCUACAAGACAAUUGGACGCCUGAGAUGGUCGUCGAGUUCGAGGACGGAACUAAGACUACCAUCGACAUUUCAAAUAAAUGGUCCACAUCAAUUACCAAGGAACUAAUGGACCUUGCUGGCGGUGACCCAUGGAAAGAGUACAAGGCGGCUGCUCAAACUGCUGGCCUGCCCAUUCUCCCAGGCGAGGAGAAGGAACGCUUAGCAGCUGCUAAGAAACGGACACCGAAGUUGAACACCCGUAGCCCAGAGAAUUUGGAGGCCAUGGUGGAAAAUAUGUUGUCAUCACCUGAGCGUCCAAAGACCGGAGCCGCUGCCAUACUACCCUAAUUUCAUGAUACUCUCACUUCAGCUAUUAGACACGUGCAUGUGUUGCCCAAUAAUGAACCCACUAAAGACUCGUUAU